GGAGGCGUGACUUUCAGUGCCUUUUGUGCAGAACUUCCCUUUAACGACAGGGGUAGUAAACAAGCGUUUCUCCGUCCUGUGGAGAAGAGCACGCGAUGGGAGACGCAGCAGCGCUGGACAGACGGGUCUCUCCACUGAAGAACUUCGUGGCAGGUGGAGUUGGUGGAGCUUGCCUUCUGUUCGCUGGACACCCGCUCGAUACAAUCAAGGUUCGCCUUCAGACGCAGCCCAAAGCCUCCUGCAGCCAGUAUGUGUUAUACACCGGAACGUACGACUGCUUCCGCAAGACAGUGUCCAGAGAGGGAGUGCUGGGUCUGUAUAAAGGAAUGGGAGCUCCGAUGGCUACAGUUGCUCCGAUGAUGGCCAUCAGCUUCUUUGGUUUUGGGCUCGGGAAGCAGCUGCUGCAGAGUGACCCAGCCGCUCCACACACGCACUCUCAGAUCUACCUGGCUGGGAUGUUAGCGGGGGUCUUCACAACAGUGAUUGUAGCUCCAGCAGAGAGAAUCAAGUGUCUUCUUCAGGUGCAGUCCACCACCGGCCAGCUAAAGUAUGCCGGGCCUGUAAACUGCGCAGUGAGGCUGUACAGGGAACAGGGGAUUCGUAGUGUUUAUAAAGGGACUGUCCUCACUCUUAUCAGAGAUGUGCCUUCCAGCGGUCUGUACUUUUUAACCUAUGAGUACCUAAAAAGUGUCCUGACUCCUGAGGGUCAAAGCGUUCACCAGCUCAGCACGCCAAGAAUUCUUUUGGCUGGUGGCACUGCUGGUAUUUUGAACUGGGUGAUUGCUCUUCCUCCUGAUGUUCUCAAGUCCAACUUUCAAACAGCUGCUGAUGGACACUAUAAAGGCUUAGCGGAUGUUUUAAGAACACUGAUACGGGAAGAAGGAGCCAAGGCUCUUUACAAAGGCUUAAGUGCAGUCAUGCUACGGGCCUUUCCUGCUAAUGCGGCUUGUUUUCUAGGUUUUGAAUUAGCUCUAAAGUGCUUGAACUGGCUGGCUCCAAACUGGUGACCACUAUGCUUGUGGUGACUCUGCUGCUGAUCAGAUUUGGCACAGGAGGGAGUUUUAUAUGAUCCAAAGAUGGAAUUCUAAGUGACCUCUCCACUCAAAUCCACCAUCUGUGGCUCUCGACAACCUUUUAAAACCUCAAUUUGUUACAAAAAGAAUGUGUGGCUAAUUCCACCCAAAAAAUGAGUAACUAUCAGGCAGCUUAAUAGCGGUAUUGCUAGUAGCUGGAACUGCUAGCUUAAUAUUCAUUAUUUUGAGUGAAAUCAUUUUUAUGAUAUAAGCAGUAUAUCAUGUCUUCAAAUUACUUGAUAUGUUUACUUUUUUAUGGAAUUAUACACAUAUUGUAAAUAAUUGUGCAGUUGGCCACAUCUGUUAUAACAAUAACACAAUUUGUAUAAUUCAUAUUUAUAAUUAUGUGAAAAUAGUGAAAUAAUCUUCUAUGACAUGGGCAAUAGAUCAUAUCUUCUAGUUAAUUGAUAUAGAAUUUAUUUAGAAUAUUUAGAUAAAUUGAAGACAAAUUACUUACCAGAAUAAAUACCAUAACACAAACCUGCACUCUGAAAUCAUGUUUUCUUGUGGAGUUAGCAAUUUAUGUGUUCACAAUUUGACCGUCAUACACUUGUGUAAAAUAAUUAUAAAUAGCUAUGUUGUGUUGUUGUUGUGUUCCUAAUGUUGUAUGUGUUCAGUAUUAGUAACUAUGUUCAAUUUGAAGUAUAGGAAUUCUAAAUUAUUUACAGUGGGGUGGAAAGACGAUUAUUUCUAAUGUGUAUCUUUUUAAAAACAUACAUUGAUGGAUUUUUUUAAAUAAAAAAUGUAAUUUUAAUGUU